UUGGUUGAACAUUAUGAAGCAAAUGUUUAAUUGUUUUAUUUUGUAUUUUGAAUGAGGUUAUUUUCGUAAUUUUGAGAUCGCAUUUUGUGGGGUUUCGAUGACAGAUCCAGGAAUAAUUUGCUUUCGGCAUACGUGUGAGAAUACAAUAUUCUGUAGAGAAGUCCCAAAGAAUUGUCCGAUCUGUGAGAGCAUUGUUACGAAUUACUUAUUAGUUCCAUUCCGAAUACCUUAUCCUUUUGUUAAUGCUAUUCAUAACCCUACUACUAUUGUCUUGAGACCAUCGGCAGGUACCUUUCUUGAUGAUUAUAACGUCAGUGAUGAUUUACAUAUUGCCGUAGUUAAUUCCGAAGGGUAUAUCGUGGAAUUCGACACCUGUGGAAUUAUAAUAAACAAUUUUUCUAACUGGACAAACUGUGUGUCGUUAAAAGUUAUUCCUGAAUCUUGGGAGUCGCAUUGGGAUCGUACAUUAGAGACGAUACGUAAAAAUGUCAAGUGGAAUGCUGAUAAUUACAAUGAAGUUUCUAUGAAUUGCUUCAGUUUCGUCAUUGAAUUUUUAAAUCUGUUGACAUACCCUGGGUUUCAUUUUUCUUGUAAAGAAGAUCUGUGCAAGGAAUUGAUCUUGCCAAAAAUACAAGACACAUUAAGAUAUAUUUCAAUUUAUAGGAAUUUAAAGAAUAACAAUUACCUUGUCUUGAAUUGAUUAUGCCUUGAAUGGCAUAAAUUAGAAUAUUUCUAAAGUAUCAUUAAAAUAGCUUGUAUUAUUCCAGAUUGAAAGAAUGCUAUGAAAUAAGAUGCGCUAUUUCUCUUUCUAUAUUUUAUCGUAUUACAUUAAUUAAAAAGAAAUUAAAAUG